AUGAAGAAUCGCGCUUGGACAGCAGCCGCAGCAUUUGCGAGGUUAUUGACCGGCAUCGCUUUAUAUUUGGCGAACAAUGAUUUGGAUUGGCGAGGAAUGCUGGGAAUCUUCGAGAGUAUUGAGCAACACCUGCUCAACCCAGAGGGUAAAAGCCUUGAAUACAUUGCCCUCGUGGCUUCGACUGCCUUUUUAACGCGAGCUAAAAAUAAAAGAAGGAAGAUGUACGCACAGGAUGCGGGAAUUCUAGAGGAUAAAAAGGCAUGA